AUAAUAAUAAAAAAAAUACUACGACAGGUCCCGCCCGCGUGUCCCCCUGUUGGUAGAAUUGUCAUAAACUCCGGUCAUUAACUCUAGUCGCUCGCCUGGGGAUUGGCCGGGCAGCCUGUCAGUAAGCGAGAGCCCGUUGCAGACUCAAGUGCCAGAGAGAGAGCGACAUACAAGGACUGAAGACAGGAAAGGCGAGAGCAAGAGACAGCGAUGGAGGAGGAGAUGCAGCAGGCAGAGGAGGCAUCCUGCGUGCCCAAAAUUUGCAGGCAGAGAAGCCCCUACAGCGCUCUCAAAACAUUCCCCAGCAAGAGGCCAGUUGGCAAGAGGUACGACAGACCGACCAUGGUGGAGAUCCCGCAGAUGGGUGCCGGGGGAGGGCACCACCAGCAUCAUCCAAACCACCAGCAUCAACAACAACAUCACCAGCCCUCCAUCAUCAGCAGUAGUGAAAAUAUCCAUCAUCAUCAGCGUUUCCCCUACGAGAACUGGCCCAGCAGCAGAGCGGCAACAUCCACCUCGUCUUCAGCAUCCCUCAGCACUCAGCAAAGGAUCACCGGCGCCGCCGCGGGUCAUCUCACCUCCAGGUACACUGCCAGCCAUGGGCGAGGGACCGCCGACUCAAACCUGGGGUUCAGCGCAGAGAAUCGCAUGAUUUUAGAUGCCUUUGCCCAGCAGUGCAGUCGAGUGCUAAGUCUCCUCAAUAACAAAGGAAAGUUCCUGGACCCCAAACCACCCCAGUCAGUAAUGUCCCACAUAAAACAAGAAGAAACAUGUUACGGAGAAAGGUCAGGUGAGUGUCAGCUGGCAAAGGGAGCUCACGGGGAACCUCAGACUUCAGACAGUCUGGACAUGGAGCUGCAAUACGCACAGAAGAAGAACCAGACCUCCGCCUUCCUCCGCGUCUUCACUGAAUCUCUCCAGAGCUACCUGAUCGCUGGGAGCCGGCCCUCUCAGAGUACUGCAGCUUUAAAUGACUACAGUCACCACGGCAACGACUUGGAUCCCUUAGCCACCUCCCCAGCCCACACUCUGGAGGGGUGGGCAUCACCAGCCACCUCGGAAUCUCAUGGCCACCCGUCUUCCACGCUCCCAGAGGAAGAGGAGGAAGAGGAGGAGGGGUGCUGCCCCAGGUGUGUGGAGCUGGAACAAGAGGUCCUGUCACUUCAGCAGGAAAACGAGGACCUCAGAAGAAAAGUGGAUAGUGUGCCAGAGCCCUGUCAGAAUGUCCUAGACUAUUUCAAAAGAGUGCUUCAGCAACACAACCAGUUUGUGCAACUGCAACCCGAGGAACAUCUUACAGAGGUACAGUGCUUACUUACAGAGGGAAGUAAGCAGUUGCUAGGCAACUAUCCCGUUUACAUCACCAACAAGCAGUGGGAUGAGGCGGUGAACUCUUCCAAGAAAGACGGCCGCAGGCUGCUGCGCUACCUGAUCCGGUUUGUGUUCACUACCGACGAACUGAAGUAUUCGUGCGGACUUGGAAAGAGGAAGAGAUCUGUACAGCUAGGAGAGCCGGGCCCAGAAAGACGGCCACUUAAUCCAGUUAAAGUCACCUGCCUCAGAGAGUUUAUUAGAAUGCACUGUGCCUCCAAUCCAGACUGGUGGAUGCCUUCAGAAGAGCAGAUCAACAAGGUGUUCAGCGACGCGGUCGGGCACGCUCGGCAGGGCCGGGCAGUGGGGACCUUCCUCAGCAGUGGCAGCAGCAGCAGCAUGUACUACGAGAGCUUCGAGAGCCACCUGUCACAGGAUGACUUGUUCCUGAAGGGAUCCCAAGACGGGUCCGGGGACUAAAACAGGAGGAAGAUUCUGCAGCAGUGCAGUGUCACGAUUCCUCUCUCCUUUAACAAAACUGAAACAGUCACACAAUUAUUUGGGCAUUCGGCGGCACAAUGCACUGUAUAUUUCAUGGAAGAAUAUGUUCUGGAUUAACUUGAAUACUGAUGCUUCAUUAGAAGCUUGUAUCUGUCAUUUUAUUUUUGGUUUUCUAUCUGCAACUCUGCCUGUUCUUAGACCCUUUGUGACUGGCCGUUGGUCUUGAAAUGGGAGCUAGGGGGGUCCCCAGCUGCUUUCAGGCACUGCACGUUCAGUCCCUCAUUUCUUGCUGCCUUGUGGCUUCCGUAGCCUGUGUAGGAAACAGAAUUGUUGAGUCCAUUCAAGCACAAAACCCAGAAGGGCUAAUAGCAGGAUCUUGAGUAUAUAGAUCUGUUGAGAGGCCUGUCUAAGUUGGAGACAUCAGAGACCGCAUCAGUCAGAGCUGGAUGAACCACCUGCGAUCUUCCUCCCCUCAGUGACAUUCAUCUGAGUCUGGAUGAGGUCCCGGUCUGAGACAGAACCCCAGCAAACAUUGUGUGUAUGUGGAGCCCAGUCUCUUUCUGUAGACUUCAAGGUGAAGAAAACCAGCCGCAGGAUUCAAUCAGCUGAACCUUUUCUCCCUAAAACAGUAGCCUACAGAAAAUGUCAAACAAUCUUACCAAAUUGCAUACCUGGAAAGUUAACGACUUCCGAUCACAUUGCCAAGAUCCCUCUUUUCGCAUGUACAAAUGUUCCAUGACGAAUUUAAGUCAUACCAAAUCAGUGCAGAACAUAACUGAAAUCCCUUUUUUUCUGGGGGGAGCUUUUUUCAUUAUUCAAGACCUAAUCUGACUAAGCUUUCCUUUUUCCAAAGAGGCUAGUGUGUUCAUGCCCAAAUACUUUUGUGACUUGCCAAUAGUUCUAUUCUUAAAUGCUGUCUUCUUCUUUUUUUGCCUCAGUGACCGUUUUGAUGGUUUACUUCUUACUGAUGUACUGUAACAGCCAUUAUCAGCUAUUAGGUGUGUGUCAUAAGUCUUAAACAAUAUGCAGUCCACCCGAUUGAUUUAUGGUUGAAAGCCAUGGAUGACCAAAUAGAAGUGCUGUAUGUAAGUAAGGGUUGCCACCAGAAAGCAGAAACAGUGUGCUUUCAAUACUUAAUAGGCUUUUCAUCCUUUUUUUAAAUUAAUUUUUUACAUAAAACUGUUUUCCCAUUUUGAAUGUACUGCCUUAGUGCUCAGUUUGUAUGUAGUUCUAUAGCUGCACUUGACGUUUUACAUACCGGUAUUGUCUGAUUUGUGUUGGGGACACACAUGUUCAUGAUGCAUCCCAGGCAGCAUAUUGUGUUCUGCUCCGUUAGAGGUGCAGUGCGUUGCUGGAGGAUUGUGACCUGCUUGAACCUGUCACCCCCAGGUGAAUUCUCUCCUCUUGAUUCAGUGGGGAAAGGUCAUCCUGAAAACAGGGAGUUAUCAGAGAAGCACUUUACUGUAAAACACAGCUUGUUUUGUGUCCCUGAGCCUUCCAGUACAAGCUACUUUCAGUUCAGCAGUGCUAAGUGUCAGGUACGCUGUGUCGUCGACACGACGGUCUUAAAGUUUGCAACUUAAAUUUGAAAAGAUGUAUUCAAUUAUUAGACGACACAGCUGCUUAGUUUUCAUUCAUUGUUGCCUACAUACAAAGCACUUGUUUUAAUCUAAGUCUAGAGGAUCUCUUCCACAUUACCUUGGUUGCCUUUGGUGAGGUGUGCAUAGUUUGAUUUACUCUAUAAGUUGUGUUUCAUGAAACAUACAGAUUUUUGUAUAGAAAUUAAAAGUUUUAAAUUGAUUUAAUCACAAUUCUUCUCCACAAAAUUAAUUUAAAUGAUGAAAAAAGUACAUCAGUUAAAAGCAGCCAGUUUCAAUUUGCAGUAAAUUAAAUGAUCCCAUAUAGCACUAAUUUUAAAAGCCAGGUGACAUUUGUAUUAAGUGCCAAAUGCAAGAAUAAACGAAAUCAAUGCUUUCAUCAUCAAAAUAAAAUAGAAAGAUUCAAAGAUCAAGGGAGAUACAAAUUCUGUUGAAAGGAAUGGAAAAGUGUACUGUGUGUAACGCAAUGCAUUGGAAUGCACAUUAAGCUUUGAUUGGUGCUUUAAAAUUCUGGAAUGUCUUCAUUAAGAGAAAAUGCACAUUGCCUAUUCCCUGUAGAAAAUCAGAAUGGUAGAUAUACAUGUGUAUGAAAACAUUAAAUAAUGACUCCAUAAAUAUGUAAUUAGCUCAGCUAGUAUGUAAAAACCACUGAUGCUAAAAAAUAUGCCUUCUAAUUGAAGUACAGGUACAACAAAAUGCAAAUUGAUUUAGAGCUAAUAAUAGAUAUAUACUGUAUCAUACAUGUUCAAAUAUAGCUUUCCACUGGCCUUUAUUUAAGCUAGUCGGUAAUACUUGUACUUUCUAGAUUAAGCUACAUCAGAUUCUACUUGAAAGAAGGACCUUAGCGACCUACUGAAAACCAUGUCUUAUUUCCUAACAAACCAGCUGCUUCUCCUAAUGAACUGAAGUGUUUGAAGAUCAUUCUCUGUGCCUAGAAUCAAGAUUUGGCAGACAUUAAAUGAGCCUAGGAAGUAUGACAUGACAUUAAACCAGAAAGAAAAGCAUCAGCAUUAAAAGCUUCCUUUAACCCUUUGCGGUCGGACCUGGUCCGACAUUUGCAAUUAUUCCUAUCCGGUCCAUUGUCGGACCUUGUCCGACGACAUCAAAAAAACACACAACGGGUUUCUAGUCGUUUUUUCUCCGGAAAAAGCCGAGAACCAUUCAGUGGCCGAGUGGGAGCGACAGGAGCCGAGACAAGCAGAUUUAAAAAAAAAUAAUAAAAAUAAAAAUAAAAGCACAUCUCAUGAUUAGUCAUACCUGCCCAUGGCAUCCCAUAUGGGUGGUCAUAAGGAAACAAGCUGGCUGUUACUGUAUCAGCGCACAGAGACUAUCAUGGACAUUUGCAGAGCUUUUUUGAGAUGUAUAGUAAUAAAAUGGCUUGGAUUGCAUUAUUGAGGAGUUUGGUGAUAAAACGAGUGAUCAGGAGAUGAUCGGUAUGUACGACUAUUUAUUUUUUAGCAUAUGUGAAAGCGAUGGCGAACGAAAGGGUGGGGCGGGGCUGGAGAUGCCUAGUGAGUGCUUUGUUGAUAUGUAGGGCCUUUUAAACCCGUUUGACUGAAAAAAAACACUUUUAAACAGCGCGUCUAAAAUUAACUGUGCGUGUGAAAAUAAAUUGGACCUGACGCGCACUUAAUAAAUGGACUGCAAAGGGUUAAAGUGGUGUGUUACAGAAAAAUAUAAGCUUGAUGGAAUUACUGCAUAAGCUCUGUACAUAUCCAAACAUAAGAUUCAAAGGGCAUAUAUUAAACUAGACAUCUCAAGAUGUCUUCCAGACUGCUCAGAACUGACGUGUCUCUAAGGUUCAGAGUCUAAAAUAAGAGAGCACACUAUUGCAUUUCACUUUUAAUCCUUCAUUCGUCAAACAUGCAUUAUAUUUAUAAUAAUAUUAUAAUAUUAUAUGCAGGUCUCCGAUCAUUCAAAAACACAUCUCAAACUAUUUGAAAUGCCUUUGUGAAAUAACUGUCUGUUAGUGAAUCUGUUUGUUGCAAAGGUGACUUGCCUUUGAACAUCAAGGUAAUUUAAAAAAAAUGUAUUAAUGCUUACCAGGUAGAAUGAACAUAGUGAAUAUGUAAUUAAUUGUCCAACUUUAAUUUAUGUAUUUUAUAUGCUCAAGUGACUGGUCAUGUAAACACUGUGAAGCAAAUAGUAAUCUUAUCUAUUUUUUUUAUUGUGAUAGCCAUUUUGUACAAGAUUUUUUUUUUUUUUUUUUUUUGCUGUUGUCUUAUAUCAAAAGUUACACAAACUGUAUGUCUUAUUGAACUGAAAAAUUCCUUACAUUAUGUUUUAAAACUGUUGCAUUUCAAGGAAGAACAUUAAAAGUGCUUUAAGU